UAAAGCCAAAGCCAAAGCCUUUAUUAUUCCAAACACCAAACUCUACUCUCUCUCUCUCUCCCCUCUGUUCCAUUUGAUGAUUCAUUUCAAAACCCUAAUUCUCUGUGUUACCACUUUCCAUUGCUGGCUCAAUCUCUCUUUUUUAAUCAAAUUAUGAGCAUUGAUUAACUUGUGAACUAGAGAAUCUCUUGAAUUUCCUGAAAUUUUUUUGUUAAAAAUCUUCACUUUGGAGCAUAAGUGUUACAAAUUGUGUUGAAGAAUUUUGUGGGGUGGCUUUGAUUUUCCAUGGCUGCGGUUGCUGACAUUUCCGCCGCUGAUGCCAACAAAAUGGACUCAAAACCAAAGCCAGAAUCAGAAUUCACUGUGCAGAAGCUGGUUGACAUGUUCACAAAGCUGAAUCCUUUGGCCAAGGAGUUUUUUCCUUCAUCAUAUUCUCUCCACAAUCUUGAUGAUCAUCAUCGCCAUCAGGGCUAUAAUAAUCAGCUCACACCUACCCAUUUUCUGGUCAACACUACUAAGCCAUCAGCUAAUGACAAUUACCUUAACAAUCGAAGGAGAAGAAACAGUUUUAACCAAGGGAAGAGAAGGUUGAAUGGAAGAUCACUAAAGGCUCAGAGAGAAGAUAGCAUUAGAAGAACAGUGUAUGUUUCUGAUAUUGAUCAGCAUGUUACCGAGGAACGGCUUGCCGCCUUAUUCACUGGCUGCGGACAAGUAAUUGAUUGCCGAAUUUGUGGUGAUCCACAUUCAGUUCUUCGUUUUGCUUUUGUCGAGUUUGCAGAUGAACAUGGUGCUAGGGCAGCUUUAAAUCUUGGUGGCACUGUGCUCGGAUACUAUCCAGUGAGGGUCCUUCCUUCAAAAACUGCUAUCCUUCCCGUGAAUCCUACAUUCCUCCCUAGGUCGGAUGAUGAGCGGGAAAUGUGUUCCAGGACUGUCUAUUGUACAAAUAUUGAUAAAAAGAUUUCUCAAGCUGAAGUGAAGAAUUUUUUUGAAUCAGCUUGUGGUGAGGUUACACGCUUGAGGCUUUUGGGGGAUCAUGUGCAUUCAACUCGAAUUGCUUUUGUGGAAUUUGCAUUGGCAGAAAGUGCUAUCGUUGCGCUUAAUUGUAGUGGGAUGCUCUUGGGAACCCAGCCUGUCAGGGUAAGUCCAUCAAAGACUCCAGUGAGGCCAAGGGUCACUCGGCCAACGUCACAUUGACAUGAGAAGGUUAUUUGGUCAACUUUCCAGUUGAGACUUGUGUGGAAGGGGUGGUGAAACUUCCCUUUUUUUUCAGUAUUUCCAUCUUUUGUCACAACAGUUACACUUCGUUGCCAGAGAGAGCCUAAAUGUUCAGCUCUAAUUAAACUUUCUAGCGACCAUAUUUUAUCUUAAAAUGUUUUACUAUGUCUACAUUGAAGUGGCCUAGUUUCAGUCAUUGUUAUUUGGACAGAGCAUUCAUCAUACUUUUCUUAGAUUAGAGAUGAAAAAAACUUAGAUACAGUAUUAUGGGUAGUGGGUAUUGUUUCUGCUGUUUCCUAAUGAAAAGUUUAGUCACUCACUUUAUUAAUAUGGUAAUUA